AUGGAUACUAACAAUCUGUGGUCUCGUCGCACAAAUUCCGGCAAGCUUUCCCUCUCGACCUCGAAUGGGCCCAACGGCUCCUCGACUGGCGAAUCAUCCUCCCGCAACACCUCAUCCUCCAAGCGCCAUGGCGGCGACUCAUCGUCACAAGGCAAGGUCAGCCCCUUCAACUCUUCCGGAGGAGGCGUGGUAUCCCCCACGAGCGGCGCCUCCAGCGCCUUCGGCUUAGGCUCCGGCGCCUUUGCUUCCUUCGGGUCGACGAAGCCGCUCAAGACCCCCGGUUCGGCCAAGGACGGGCCCAGGCCCAUGGGCCGCGCCCCUAGCAUGGCGUCCAUCUCGGAAACCAAGGCAUCGACCUCGUCGACGGCCGCCCAGGUCCAUCCACUGAAAGAUGUGUGGUCCUUCUGGUAUCGGCCUCCCAUCUCCAAGGCCCACGGCUACAUCGAGUACGAGAACACCCUGCACGGAAUCGCCACGGUCAAGACGGCGGAGGACUUUUGGCGAAUCUAUUCGCACCUUAAGCGGCCUUCCUGUCUGCCCGUGGUGUCCGACUAUCACCUCUUCAAGAAAGAUAUACGACCGAUAUGGGAGGACGAGGUGAACCGCAAGGGAGGCAAGUGGGUUGUGCGCAUGAAAAAGGGCGUGGCUGAUCGAUACUGGGAGGACUUGCUUCUCUCUUUCAUUGGCGAUCAGUUUGGCGAUGCUGGCGAGGACGUUUGCGGCGCUGUGCUCAGCAUGCGCAACGGCGAGGACAUAUUGAGCAUCUGGACCCGGACUGACGGCGGUCGAGUGCUCAAGAUUCGCGAAAUCAUGAAGCAUGUACUCAACUUCCCGCCAAACACGCGGGUUGAAUUCAAGAGUCACGAUUCUAGCAUCCAGCAGCGAACCGCCAUUGACGAGCAGCGUCGCGAAAAAGCCGGCCAUACUCCAGGCGACAAGCGUCAAACCUCCGGCGCCCCGAGGCAGAACCAUGACUAA